AUGAGCAAAGCAGCCGCUGUCAAGGAGGCUGUCAAGGAGAGCCUCCUCGGCGCGGAGGAGCCGACGCAGCUGUCCAGCCAGACCAAGUCCCGCUUCCACGCCAAUGCCAUCAAGGAUGCCGAGACGGGCGAGCUCUUCAUGGGACCCGACGAGUUUGUCAAUGCCGUUGCGCCUGCCACGGAAGACUACCACAAGAUCAAACGCGAACAAUACGGCAUUCUCUUCCGCGUCGCCGACCGCAAGGAUGCCGGCCGCAUCUCACUAUCCGAGUGGGCUGCUUUCGAGAACCUGCUGAUGAAGCCCGACGCCGAGUACGAGAUUGCUUUCCGCCUCUUCGACGUGUCCAGAACCGGCAGCGUCAAGUACGAAGACUUCCGCCAGCUGUACGAGCUGAACAAGGGUGAGACGAGCAUCCCCUUCGACUGGGAGUGCGAGUGGGCCAAGCUGUACAUUGGCGGCAAGAAGAAGCGACACCAGAUGGAUUACCCCCAAUUCUCCCAGAUGCUGCGCGGUCUGCAGGGUGAGCGCAUCCGUCAGGCCUUCCAGCAGUUCGACCGUGACGGCGACGGCUUCAUUGACCCGGAGGACUUUGAGCGCAUCAUUUUGGAGACGUCCAAGCACAAACUCUCCGACCAUCUGCUCCAGAACCUCAGCAGCCUGUGCAACAUUACCCUCGGCAGCAAGGUUUCCUACGCCAAUGUUCGCGCGUUUCAGAACAUGAUCAAGGAGAUGGACCUCGUCGAGCUGAUCGUCCGCCGCGCGGUUGCCAAGAGCACCGAUGGCAAGAUCACGCGGACCGAGUUCCUGAACCAGGCCGCCAAGAUCACUCGCUUCUCCCUCUUCACGCCCAUGGAGGCCGACAUUCUCUUCCACUUUGCCAGCCUCGACGAGCCCUCUGGCAGACUCGGACUCGCCGAUUUUGCCAAGGUCCUCGACCCAUCCUGGAGGAACCCGCUCUACGACACGGAGGACGCGCCCCACCGCGGCGUGUCGGACGCGGCUGCAGGCGCCACGGGUGCCGCCGUCGCGAAGCUCAUGGAAUCGAGCUACAACUUCCUGCUUGGCAGUGUCGCCGGUGCCUUUGGUGCCUUCAUGGUGUAUCCCAUCGAUCUCGUCAAGACGCGCCUGCAGAACCAGCGAGGCGCUAGGCCAGGCGAGCGCCUCUACAAGAACUCGAUCGACUGCUUCCAAAAGGUCUGGCGUAACGAGGGCCUGCGCGGUCUGUACUCUGGUGUCUUGCCGCAGCUCGUCGGCGUGGCGCCAGAGAAGGCCAUCAAGCUGACCGUCAACGACAUUGUCCGCACGUACUUCACCAACAAGGAGGGCAAGAUCUACUGGGGCUCGGAGGUGCUCGCUGGUGGUGCGGCGGGUGCCUGUCAGGUGAUCCAGGGUGAGGUCGCCAAGACGAUGGAGGGCACACCGAAGAGGUCCGCCAUGUGGAUCGUGCGCAACCUCGGUCUCGUGGGUCUAUACAAGGGCGCCUCGGCCUGUCUGUUACGUGACGUGCCCUUCUCGGCCAUUUACUUCCCGACGUACAGCCACCUGAAGAAGGACAUGUUCGGAGAGUCGCCCACCAAGAAGCUUGGUGUAUUGCAGCUGCUGACGGCGGGCGCCAUCGCCGGUAUGCCCGCUGCGUACCUGACGACGCCGUGCGACGUCAUCAAGACACGUCUCCAGGUCGAGGCGCGCAAGGGCGAGGCCAGCUACACCGGUCUGCGACACGCUGCCUCGACCAUCUGGAAGGAGGAGGGCUUCAGGGCCUUUUUCAAGGGUGGCCCGGCGCGUAUCUUCCGCUCUUCGCCCCAGUUCGGCUUCACGCUGGCCGCGUACGAAGUCCUGCAGACCUCGCUGCCGUACCCUGGCAAAACGGAAUCGCUCAAGAUCACGACGGGCGUCGCAGAUGCCGUGUCGACGUUGAAGGAGAAGCUCGAUACGAGCCCCUACUCGCGCAGUCGCAACGCGCUCAAGAUUAUCCUCGACAUUGACGAGGACUUUGGCAAGAUCAAGAUGCCGAGCGCGCAGACAUGGAAGACGCUGCCGGCGGUCAUGCAGUCCGGAGCUGGCAAGUCAUGA